AUGGCGGAUGUUACCGCUCGUAGCUUGCAGUAUGAAUAUAAAGCGAAUUCGAACUUGGUGCUGCAAGCUGAUCGCUCUCUGAUCGACCGCACACGGCGAGAUGAACCUACAGGAGAGGUGCUGUCCCUGGUGGGGAAGCUGGAGGGAACCAAGAUGGGAGACAAAGCUCAGAGAACUAAACCUCAAAAAUUGGAAGAAAGACGAGACAAGAGGCGAAAGAGGGAUGAGGACAGACAUGAUAUCAACAAAAUGAAGGGCUUUACUCUCCUGUCAGAGGGCAUUGAUGAAAUGGUUGGAAUUGUAUACAAACCCAAAACCAAAGAAACGAGAGAGACCUAUGAAGUUUUGCUCAGUUUCAUCCAUGCAGCUUUGGGAGAUCAGCCACGUGAUAUCCUCUGUGGCGCAGCAGAUGAAGUGUUGGCGGUACUAAAGAAUGAUAAAAUGAGAGAUAAGGAAAGGCGGCGUGAGGUCGAGCAGCUUCUUGGCCCGGCCGAUGACACCCGCUACCAUGUGCUGGUGAACCUGGGAAAGAAAAUCACAGACUAUGGUGGUGAUAAGGAUUUGCAGAAUAUGGAUGACAACAUUGAUGAAACUUAUGGUGUAAAUGUCCAGUUUGGAUCUGAUGAGGAGGAGGGAGAUGAAGACAAGUACGGAGAAGUGCGUGAUGAACACUCAGAUGAAGACAGUGAAGGGGAGGAAGCCGAUGUGGGCUGUGCGCUUUCAGCCAAUCUUGGUGUCACAGGCGACGUGAUGACAGUGAAGAAGAAAGAUCUCCACCCCCGAGACAUCGAUGCUUUUUGGCUCCAACGGCAGCUCAGUCGAUUUUACGAUGAUGCUAUCGUUUCACAGAAAAAAGCUGAUGAAGUCUUAGAAAUUCUCAAGACUGCCAGUGAUGACAGAGAGUGUGAAAAUCAGCUUGUGUUGCUUCUUGGCUUUAACACCUUUGACUUCAUCAAAAUCCUCCGCCAACAUCGUCGCAUGAUUCAGUACUGUACAAUGUUGGCAAGUGCUCAAAGUGAGGCAGAAAAGGAACGAAUCAUUGGAAAGAUGGAGUCUGAUCAGGAACUUUCAAAGAUUCUCUACCAACUGCAAGAGACGGAGAAGGAGGAUAUUAUUCGGGAGGAGCGUUCUCGCAGGGAGAGAGUAAGGAAGUCUCGUGUGGAUGACAUGGAAGCAAUGGACACAGGCCACGGAGAGGUAAUUGCCCCCCGCCAACUGCUGGAUCUUGAAGACUUAACUUUCACCCAGGGAAGUCAUUUUAUGGCCAACAAGCGCUGUCAGCUGCCAGACGGCUCUUUCCGCAAGCAAAGAAAAGGUUAUGAAGAAGUACACGUUCCUGCACUCAAACCCAAGCCAUUUGCCGAUGAUGAGGUGCUUGUUUCAAUUGAUAAGCUGCCCAAGUACGCACAGGCUGGAUUUGAAGGUUUCAAGACCUUAAACCGCAUCCAGAGCAAGCUGUUUAAAACAGCCAUGGACACUGAUGAGAACCUGCUUGUGUGUGCCCCAACGGGAGCUGGUAAGACAAAUGUCGCCUUGAUGGCUAUGCUUCGAGAAAUAGGAAAGCACAUAAACAUGGAUGGAACCAUAAAUGUGGAUGACUUCAAAAUAAUCUACAUUGCACCUAUGCGCUCUUUGGUACAGGAGAUGGUGGGAAGCUUUAGUAAACGGUUGGCGAGCUAUGGAAUCACAGUGUCUGAGCUGACAGGGGAUCAUCAACUGUGCAAAGAGGAGAUUAAUGCCACUCAAAUUAUUGUCUGCACCCCCGAAAAGUGGGACAUCAUUACUCGUAAAGGUGGUGAGCGUACUUACACCCAACUAGUGCGCCUCAUUAUCAUUGAUGAAAUCCACCUGCUGCACGAUGACCGUGGGCCCGUUUUGGAGUCUCUAGUGGCGAGAACCAUCCGCAAUGUGGAGCUUACUCAGGAAGACGUGCGUCUACUUGGACUUAGCGCCACGCUUCCCAACUAUGAGGACGUUGCCACCUGCUUGCGUGUAGAUCCUGCUAAGGGUCUCUUCUACUUUGAUAACAGUUUCCGACCAGUUCCUUUGGAACAGACUUAUGUUGGCAUCACAGAGAAAAAAGCUAUUAAACGUUUCCAGAUCAUGAAUGAAAUUGUCUAUGAGAAGAUAAUGGAGCAUGCUGGGAAGAACCAGGUACUCGUAUUUGUUCACUCCAGGAAAGAGACUGGAAAAACUGCCAGGGCCAUUCGAGACAUGUGUUUGGAGAAGGACACGCUUGGUCUUUUCCUUCGAGAAGGCUCAGCAUCCACUGAAGUGUUGCGCACUGAAGCAGAACAAUGCAAAAACCUUGAGCUGAAGGACUUGCUCCCUUACGGCUUUGCGAUCCAUCACGCCGGAAUGACCAGAGUGGACCGUACGCUGGUGGAAGAUCUGUUCGCCGAUCGCCACAUUCAGGUUCUGGUGUCCACAGCAACGCUGGCUUGGGGUGUCAACCUGCCAGCACACACUGUCAUCAUUAAAGGUACUCAGGUGUACAGCCCUGAGAAAGGCAGAUGGACUGAGUUGGGUGCCCUGGACAUUUUGCAGAUGCUUGGUCGAGCUGGUCGGCCGCAGUAUGACACCAAGGGAGAAGGAAUCCUAAUCACAUCACAUGGAGAGCUGCAGUAUUAUCUGUCCCUGCUCAACCAGCAGCUGCCCAUCGAGAGCCAGAUGGUUGGCAAGCUUCCUGACAUGCUUAAUGCCGAGGUUGUGUUGGGAAAUGUUCAGAAUGUGAAGGAUGCGGUGAACUGGCUCGGUUACACCUACUUGUAUGUGCGCAUGCUUCGCAACCCAACACUGUAUGGCGUCUCCCAUGAUGACCGAUCUUCAGACCCGCUGCUGGAGCGACGCCGGACUGACCUGGUGCACACGGCUGCCAGUGUACUCGACAAGAACAGCCUUAUCAAAUAUGACAAGAGGACCGGAAGUUUCCAGGUGACUGACCUAGGACGUAUUGCCAGUCACUUCUACAUUACACAUGACUCAGUUCAAACUUACAACCAGCUGCUCAAACCGACCCUGAGUGAGAUUGAGCUCUUCCGAGUCUUUUCACUUUCCUCUGAGUUCAGGAACAUCACAGUGAGAGAGGAGGAGAAAUUGGAACUCCAGAAACUGCUGGAGAGGGUUCCCAUUCCAGUGAAGGAAAGCAUUGAGGAGCCGAGUGCUAAGAUCAAUGUGCUGCUUCAGGCAUUCAUCUCUCAGCUUAAACUGGAAGGCUUUGCUCUCAUGGCAGACAUGGUGUAUGUGACACAGAGUGCUGGAAGGCUGAUGCGAGCCAUAUUUGAGAUUGUUUUGAACAGAGGCUGGGCUCAGCUAUCAGACAAAACCAUGAAUCUGUGCAAGAUGAUUGACAAGAGAAUGUGGCAGUCCAUGUCCCCACUGCGACAGUUUAAGAAGUUGCCAGAAGAAGUGAUCAAGAAGAUUGAGAAGAAAAAUUUCCCCUUUGAGCGACUGUAUGACCUCAACCACAAUGAGAUAGGCGAGCUGAUCCGAAUGCCAAAAAUGGGAAAGACCAUCCACAAAUAUGUCCACCAGUUCCCCAAACUGGACCUGGCUGUUCAUCUUCAGCCCAUUACCCGCUCCACGCUCAAAGUGGAGCUUACCAUCACUCCAGAUUUCCAGUGGGAUGACAAGAUUCAUGGUUCAUCAGAAGCUUUCUGGAUCCUGGUAGAGGAUGUAGACAGUGAGGUCAUCCUUCACCACGAGUACUUCCUGCUCAAAGCAAAGUACGCCCAGGAUGAGCACCUUGUGACCUUCUUCGUCCCGGUGUUCGAGCCUCUGCCUCCUCAGUACUUCAUCCGUGUAGUCUCUGAUCGUUGGCUCUCAUGCGAGACCCAGCUCCCGGUGUCGUUCCGUCACCUUAUCCUCCCUGAGAAGUACCCUCCACCCACAGAGUUGCUCGAUCUGCAGCCCCUUCCUGUCACUGCUCUCAGGAACUCUGCCUUUGAGGCCCUCUACCAAAAUAAGUUCCCAUUCUUUAACCCAAUUCAAACACAAGUGUUCAAUGCAGUGUACAACAGUGAUGACAAUGUGUUUGUGGGAGCACCUACUGGCAGCGGGAAAACUAUCUGUGCCGAAUUUGCCAUUCUGAGGAUGCUGCUUCACAAUGCAGAAGGUCGCUGUGUCUACAUCACCCCCAUGGAAGCACUAGCAGAACAGGUGUUUGUCGACUGGCACCAAAAGUUCCAGGACUACCUAAACAAGAAGGUGGUGCUGCUCACAGGAGAAACGAGCACCGAUCUGAAACUGCUAGGAAAAGGGGACAUUAUUGUCAGCACCCCUGAUAAAUGGGACAUCUUGUCUCGUCGCUGGAAGCAGAGGAAGAAUGUCCAAAACGUCAGUCUUUUUAUUGUGGAUGAGACGCACCUCAUUGGAGGAGAAAAUGGGCCGGUGCUGGAGGUCAUCUGCUCAAGGAUGAGAUACAUCUCCUCUCAGAUUGAGCGGCCCAUACGUAUCGUGGCACUCAGCUCGUCACUGUCCAAUGCCAAAGACGUGGCUCACUGGCUGGGCUGCAGCACCACGGCCACAUUCAACUUCCACCCCAAUGUCAGGCCUGUGCCUCUGGAGCUCCACAUUCAGGGCUUCAACGUGAGUCACACUCAGACUCGCCUGCUCUCCAUGGCCAAGCCGGUGUAUCACGCCAUCAUGAAGCACUCGCCCUCCAAACCGGCUGUGGUGUUUGUGCCGUCCCGCAGACAAACUCGCCUCACGGCCAUCGACAUUCUCACUUUCUGUGCCGCUGACGUGGUUCCUCAAAGGUUUCUGCAUUGCACUGAAAAAGAUCUCAGUCCUUUCCUGGAUAAGAUAACAGACGCGACCCUGAAAGAGACUCUGGCCAACGGUGUGGGCUACCUUCACGAGGGCCUGUCCGCCACCGAGCGUAAAAUAGUGGAGCAGCUCUUCAACUCGGGAGCUGUUCAGGUGGUGGUGGCAUCCCGCUCCCUUUGCUGGGGGGUCAACAUCUCGGCACAUCUUGUCAUUGUCAUGGACACGCAGUACUACAAUGGCAUAAUACAUGCCUAUGUGGACUAUCCCAUCUACGACGUCCUCCAGAUGGUUGGCAAAGCCAACAGGCCCAUUCUUGACGACGAAGGACGCUGUGUGAUCAUGUGUCAGGGCUCCAAGAAGGACUUCUUCAAGAAGUUCUUGUACGAACCUCUGCCCGUGGAGUCCCACUUGGACCACUGUCUCCAUGACCACUUCAAUGCCGAGAUUGUUACCAAAACAGUGGAAAACAAGCAGGACGCUGUGGACUAUUUGACUUGGACGUUCCUGUACCGUCGUAUGACCCAGAACCCCAACUACUACAAUCUUCAAGGCAUGUCCCAUCGCCACCUGUCUGACCACUUGUCUGAGCUGGUGGAGAACACGCUGCAUGAUCUGGAGCAGUCCAAGUGCAUUAGCAUCGAGGAUGAGAUGGAUGUGGCGCCACUCAACUUGGGCAUGAUCGCCGCCUACUACUACAUCAACUACACCACCAUCGAGCUGUUCAGUAUGUCCCUCAACGCCAAGACAAAGAUCCGCGGCUUAAUCGAGAUCAUCUCCAACGCUGCGGAGUAUAAAAACAUUCCCAUACGGCAUCACGAGGAAGCACUCCUCCGACAGUUGGCGCAGAAGGUGCCCCACAAACUGAACAACCCCAAGUUCAACGACCCCCAUGUAAAGACCAACCUGCUGCUCCAGGCUCACCUCUCCAGGAUGCAGCUGAGUGCUGAGCUGCAGUCGGAUACUGAGGAGAUCCUGAGCAAAGCGGUGCGUUUGAUCCAGGCCUGCGUCGAUGUGUUGUCCAGUAAUGGCUGGCUGAGUCCUGCCCUGGCAGCAAUGGAGUUGGCCCAGAUGGUCACGCAGGCCAUGUGGUCCAAGGAUUCCUACCUCAAACAACUCCCGUUCUUCACCUCCGAGCACAUCAAGCGCUGCACGGAAAAGGGCGUGGAGAGCAUCUUCGACAUCAUGGAAAUGGAGGACGACGAAAGAAGUGCUUUGCUGCAGCUCUCUGACGCUCAGAUAGCCGAUGUGGCUCGAUUCUGUAAUCGCUACCCUAACAUCGAGCUGUCCUACGAAGUGGCCGAUAAGGACAACAUCAAGAGUGGCAAUCCAGUUCUGGUCCAGGUCCAACUGGAACGUGAGGAGGAGGUCACUGGGCCUGUCAUUGCGCCUAUGUUCCCUCAGAAUCGUGAAGAGGGCUGGUGGGUAGUGAUUGGAGACCCCAAAUCCAACAGCCUCAUCUCUAUCAAGAGACUGACGCUUCAACAGAAAGCAAAGGUCAAACUGGACUUUGUUGCACCAGCGAUGGGUGUUCACAACUACACGCUGUAUUUCAUGAGCGACGCCUACAUGGGUUGUGACCAGGAAUACAAGUUCAGCACAGAUGUGAAAGAAGCUGACAGUGAUGCAGAUAGCGACUCUGACUAA